AUGAGCUCUCUGAAUUCCACCUUCUCUCAAAAUACAACUUUUGUGCGUCCUCCGUAUUUUUUCAUCAUUGGUUUGAAUAACAUACCCCAUGCCAAAUACUACUAUGUUUUCUUGUGCUUUGUUUUUGUGGUCUCUGUGUUGGGGAACUCCUUUGUCAUGUUCAGUAUAUACACAGAGCGCAGUUUUCAUACCCCAAAGUACAUGGCCGUUUUUAAUUUGGCUGUCGCCGACUUGUGUGAAAGUACUGUUCUAAUUCCAAAUUUAAUUGCAAUGUUUCUUUUUGAUUCCCAAUAUAUCUCCUAUAAUGCUUGUUUGGCAAACAUGUUUUUUGUGUUUUUCUUCACCUGUUUGCAGUCUCUCACUCUUACCAUUAUGGCCUAUGAUAGAUUGGUGGCAAUAUGCUUUCCACUGAGAUACCAUGCCAUUGUCACAAUGCCAGCAAUGGCUGUGAUUUUAACAGUGGUGUGGGCCUUUGAUUCGGGUGUACUGACUUUAAUGGUGAGUUUAGUUACCAGGUUGUCUUUUUGUAAAUCUGUUGUGGUAAAAAGUUACUUCUGUGAUCAUGGACCCAUAUGCAUUUUGGCAUGCAAUGACAAUCGUCCCAAUCGUAUCAUGGCAAUUCUUACCAUAGUAUUAUUUUUUUAUGUACCCUUUAUUUUGAUUGGACUGUCAUAUAUGUUUAUUGCCAGAGCACUGUUUAAAAUAUCUUCUUGGGAAGGGCGAUUAAAAGCCAUUAAGACUUGUUCUGCACAUCUAAUGCUGGUUACUCUAUAUUAUCUUCCGUUAGUGAGCACCUACAUUGCUGGACUAUUUUUUUCCAUUCAGACUAAUGUCAGGAUUAUGAAUACAUCAUUGGCUAAGUCCAUAAUCCCCAUGAUGAACCCAAUAAUUUAUGUGCUGAGCACAGAAGAGGUUAGAGAAUUCUCAAAAAAACUUUUCAGAAGAAAAAAUAAAUAA